UAUGUCGGCGAGAAAGAAAGAAGAAAAACUGUCAGUAUAAUCACACGAGACGUAACGUUUUCCGUUUGUCGUCAUGGGCACCAAAGACGUUCCUGACAUUCCUGCAGUACCUGGUAGCGAAAAUGCCGAUGCCGACAAAAACGCCACGCAACUCUUGUCAGGCCCGGAUCCAAAGGAAUAUUCAGCCAAGAGCACCACAGGCACGUCUGCUGACGUCUACCUUAGCGUGAUGGGUGCGACUUCGAGAAGGUUCGACUCAUCCGAUCAAUCACUUCUGGGACCCGCGACUGCUUCUGAGAAGCAGGCGUGUAUCGCCGCACAAGCUACAGCUAGAACGGAUGGAACAGAAGCCAAGCCCGACUCGAAACCGCUCGACACAGUUUCCGGAGGGACGAAAGAAAAACACAAAAAACAGAAGAAAAAACAUAACGUGGACAAGUCUGCUUCGAAGGGACGCAAAAAGGAUAAGAGCAAACCGACGGAAUCCCAAGUACCGAGCACGGCCGAGCCUUCCAGAGAUUCUAUAAAAAUACGGAAAACGCAGCUAUCAGAAGCUGUACCAUCAAGCGCGUCUGCAUCGAAAGAACAUGUAACCAGUGAAGAAAUCAGUCACUUAGAAACCGUUGGCGAAGUCCCCUCCAAAGAACCCACAAAAGGCAAGCGCAAGAAGGCCUCACAAGUCACGCCCCUCAGCACAGCCCCCUCCAAAGAGAACCUACGAACAGCACUCUCAGAACAAACAGAACACGAGGAACGCCAUUAUGCGGUCGUGGUUCCAGAGGAAGAACGUGAACAGCAGGUCAAACUCCAAGAACGUGCAUAUUACGCAACCGACAGUGAGCCGUUGAAGACAGCUGCUUCUUCCAUGCUCGGUUCCUGGGAGCCUUCUCCUGCGAGUUCAGUAUUGCAGGGGCGAAAAGAAGACCUCCUGAGGCGUCGUCACCACAGAAGAGUCAAAAUUGGCACAGACGUUAUGCUGCUUGUCGCCGCCGUGGCAGUCCUAGUAGUAUGCUUACUCGUCCUAAAAAUAUUGGAGGAACCUCAACCGGAGCGCUUGGCCAUCAACGAUGGCAAAUCAUGGUGCAACAUAUCUCAGAGUUGCAUUGACGCGCAAGAAUAUCUACACCACAUCAUCAACUCCUCGAUUGAUCCCUGCGAGGAUUUCUAUGGCCAUGUCUGCAGCAAGUGGACCAAGCCGAAGAGAUUCCUCGACAGUUACCUGGAUCAAUUGGUUCACGCCAUGAGGGUAAAUGUAUUCGACCAUCUAGACGGCAUGAGAGACAGCCCAGCAAACCGUAACCCGUCGCAAGCCAUGUCCGUCUUUUUCAAGAGCUGUUUCAUAUUCCUCACGGAAAGUCAGCAACUCGACAGUGUGGUGGACGAAGCGAUUGGAUCUUUGAUGAUUAAUACCACGGCGUGGAAGAGUGCAAAAAGUCUGACAGACAUUUUUCCUGAAUUGGUUCGACUCUCUCUCGUGUAUGGUGCGCACAGUGUUAUCAAGAUCACAGCGACUGUGAUAUCCAACGUGGUCGUUUUUGUAGAUAUUGGUCAAAGUGUGGCCAGCACGUAUGAACGGUUGUUUGACGGCAUGCUUAAGGAAUACUUGAAACGCGUAAUAAGUUUCGUUUCACAGAACAAUACCGAUAUUGAUGAAAGCCUCAUUCACUUCGAUGCGCGACUGGAAGAACAAUAUACCAAAUCAAAGAACGCCAUUCUUGAACGACUCUCAAUAAGCGACUUGCGCACCAAUAUCGAGACUAACGUCUGGGUAUCCGCACUUAGAACGGCCCUGAGAAGAGAAGAUAUCGACAAAGAAAGCAAAAUUUUCGUGCGAAGUCCGAAGACGAUGCGGUCUAUGCUCAAGGAAGUUUCAAGUUUCUCUGCUUCUAAUAGAAAUAUGUACCUCCUGCUCUCUGUGCUUUCUGACGUACUUAACCACGACUUCAACGCACGCUACCGUCUAAACGGCACUGGCGAGCAGACUGAAUGCUUGCGUCUAGCUAGCGUGUACUUCAGUUCAGCAUUCCACCAGUACAUCGUGGAUAACUUUCAACCUUCAGCAGCAGAAAACGAAAUAUUUCGCAUGGAAACCAACAUCCGCAAAGCAUUAUCGGAUCGAAUAAAGGCGACGUCCUAUGUCGCACAGUCAAAGCGCUCCGAAGUCGUCGAUACGAUCGAUAAGGUACCAUUGUGGGUGGGAAACAUAAACCAUGCACCUCGACGGCCGACUUACAAUUUUUUGGGUCCUUCCUUCGUGAGGAACGUUGUUCUCUUGCUGAAGGCUCAAGCAGAGCUGCGCAGGAGUGGCGUCAAAGACACCACCUUACCGUUAUCCCAAUGGCAGUUUGCUGGAAAUGUGGGAUAUGUGCGGCGGGACAACGUGGUGGUAGCGUCCACACCCGUCUUGCGUCCGAGUGCGUUUUACGCCGACGAAGGCAAGUGGCUGAACUACGCUACUGUGGGCAGUCUGUUGGCGGAAGGGUUCGUUCAAGCGGGCUUGGAAAACCUGGCAACAUUUCCACCCGAGGAAGAAGAUUCCCCUGUCCUGGAGUGCUACAGGUCUACCAUCAGUGCAGUGCUUGGGAAUGACAAUACGUCCGACACCCACUUGAACGAGUUCAUUGCCAUGAAGCUAGCCCUGGAAGUUGUCUACGAGAUAAAGGCGUUCGAUGCAGAUGAGAGUCACGAAAGUACUCAGCUGUUCUUUCGUAGAUUCUGUUUAGUAGGAUGUGGGAUGUCUUCAUCACGUGAUCACCUGCUGCCUGGAAGUAUCCGUUGCAACCUUCUUUUGCCUGCCCAACCGGAAUUCUCACGAGCCUUCGGCUGUGGCGUCCACUCGAAAUCUGUGCGAAGACUGAUCGACUGUCAUUAGAUACCCAGAUACCCCUAACGGCAUUGAACAGUUAUAUUCAUCAAUGAUACAAUCAAGUUUAAUUAUUCGCUCUGUGGACCACGCAAAAAUAAACGCACGGAAUAAAGAGCUAC